AUGCAGGCAGAGUGUAAGUGUGACGGUGACGAAUACGAGAAAGUGGAGUCACAAGAUCCCGUACCGGACAUUACCAAAUUCGGUGUGGUUGAGGGAGGAGUGGUGCCGGACGCUGAAAACUCGGAGUUAGAGAUGAAACAUCCAGCAUUAAUACCGGAUCCGGGAAAGAAACCAGAAACAUUCAAGCCGGAUGGUCCAGCGACGUCUCCUGUGCAAAUUACUACAUGGCAGCAUGAUUUGGGGGAAGAUGGAGCUAUUGAGGAUCUGCGAGACGUCCACAACCUGUUAGCUUUCAUGAAGCGCACGGAGCGAGAGGGCAAGACAGACAAAGAGUGCACCAAGCGGCUUUUCAAAACCUCCCUUGACGUGGCCUCCCUUGAGGUGGUGUUGGUGGAUACAACACACGGUACGAACAAAACCUACCACAACCUCUUCAGUAUUCUUGUUGACGACGAUUUUGACAAGAACCCGGCUACGGAGGACAUCCGUGGUGUUGUGACAGGCAAAGACUUCAAAGAUUGGGAUAUGCUGAUUGAUGCAUUACCACAAGCUCGUGAAAUGCUUUGUCAGUUCCAUGUAAUUGACUACCUCCGAAGCCAGGUUGGAAGCAGAUGCCAACGCGGUUCAGAAGCCAAGAAGGAUAUCUGUGCAGUUCCGCAGCUAGUGAUGAAAGCUGAGAGUGCCAAGAUAAACAAAGCGUUCAGCGAGGACAAGUUCAGAUCACUUGGAUCCAACAAGAAGGGCCCGUUCUUCUUGUAUUUCGAAGCAAACUGA